AGGACUUCCGGUUCGAGCGCCAUCUUGAUAGUUAGCAUCGUGAUUAAUUACUUUGUUUUUUGCUUAUUAAUAUUGUUUAAAGUGUAAUAUCGAUAGCUUAUUAUACAGUAAACUAAUGUGGUAGUGUGCAGUGAAUGGAGAAUUAAUUUUGAAGCGCGUUUAACCACCAUCUUGGAGUCAACGGCCGGUAGUCCACGUGCUUCUUGUAAAGUCUAGCUAUCGAUUUACAAGAGCUAACAAAUCACCGUACACUGUCUUGUACAACCGUACAAUUUUUGUCGUUUGUAAACCUCUCAAUACCUUGAUACUGGCGAAAUAGUCCCACUGGGCUGAAGCCAUAAUUUUAAAAGAAGAAGAAGAAGAAGAAAUACAAUAAAAUUCACAUGACAUUUGUGAUAAUAUUUGCUUUGGAAAAUAAAAUGUUUUAAAUAAAAACCAGCCAUGGAAAAGGAGGAAACUCCGGCUAAAGCCGAAAGCAUAAAAAAACCUGUUCGAUUUUCGGUUGAGAAAAUUUUCCGAUACACUUUAGUUGGUCUGAUUGCUCUCUCCCUCGGCUAUCUCCACUACCUAUAUGUCUCAACACUCUUCGAGAAAAACCUUAACUUCUCUCAUCUCUCCACCAUGGAACGAGAGAUGUCACUCCGGACCGAGUUGGGAUUUUACUACUCGUACUACAAGACCGUGGUCGAAGAGAGACCGUUCAUAGCCGGAGUGUCCAAACUCAUGUAUGACCGUCUUGUCGAGUAUCCGAAGGAGGUUAAUGCGUUAAACAGAUUCAACAUCGCUCCGGAGGUCCUGAUUGGUGCUAUGUACCGCUACCUAGAACCAUGGUUAAACACCUCGACGUAUCGGCAGUGCCACAUGGUGUAUCGCGGUGACGAAGUGGAGCCAGUCCUAAGCUGUGUGGGCCUUGGAGAGCCCAUACUUUUCUACUUGGAGGCUGUUUGGUGGUUGGCCGGGCUGUUGGUAGCAGCUUUGUUCCUCUCAGCAUAUAGUUUGAGUAAUAGCGUGCUAGGCGGGCUGCUUGCCGUCGCGCAGUACUUCGCAAACCAUGUUGAGUGUACACGAGUACAGUGGGCGCCGAACGAGCGAGAAAACAUGGCCGCUCCAUUGCUACUGCUACAGAUGGGCCUAGUCGCAACGCAAUUGCGAAAUGGUCGCACUUACUGCCGUCUCCAGGUGUCAAUCUUCAUCGUGAACUGCCUCUGCCUGCUUUUCUGGCAAUUCUCCCAAUUCAUCUUCCUCACACAAACCGUAAUUUUCUUCCUAAUGGAGCAACUCAAAAUAAUCGACCUUAAGGUCCUCUGCAUUUUCCUCCACUCGCACUUCUGUGGUCUACAUAUGGCGGUCUUACUGCUACAAGGGAAUGAUAUGCUAAAAACUUCCUUGUAUACCUCAUUCUUUUUAGUUGUAUCUACGUAUUGUUUAUUUUUUAGUUCGUUUAGAAUAAAAGUGCAAAAUAGGUUAGAUUUAUUUGUGGAAUCUUGGUUAGUUAUUCUAAGACUUUUAAUAGUUAUUACGUCAUCGUUUUAUUUAAAGCACUUAAUAAGCGAUUUUCUUGAAAUAGAAGAUGACACUCAUGUUUGGGAUAUUUUGUAUUCUAAGUUUACAAGUUAUAAAAAGUUUCAUACUUUAAUAUAUACAUGUUUGGAAGUAUUUGACUUUCUGCCUUUAAGUACUGUUGUGAAUAUGUCUAAAACAUGUCUUAUACCUAUGGUUGUGUUUGGUGUGUCUGUUCGUGUGUAUUCGUGGUUUGGAGAAGAGAAGAAGACUGUGAAAAAGGAGGUUCUAGAAGAUGAUGACAGCGGGAUAGAGAAUAAUGCUGAUAGCAAAGAAAAGAACGACGUAGAAAUAGACAUGACCGACUCCACAAUACGUUAUCUGCGGCGGCUCAAAAUUGAGCCAGCAGUGGUAUACCAGGUGGCUCAAUUGUGCGUGUUCGCGAUCCUAGCGGCUCUAGUCAUGCGGCUCAAACUUUUAUUGGGAAUGCAGUUGUGCGUUGUGAGCGCGCUCGCCGUGAACGCUAACCACAAGAUGCCUCCGUCGGUACAAAAAUACUUGCCACUGUGUUGGGUGGUGGGCUGCGCUGCGCUCGCGCAUCGUCUCAGCGUCAAUAUGAGCGUUGAAAUGUCAUAUACAAGUGAAUUCAGCGAUUAUCAACAAGAAGAGCUCCUCAACUGGAUCUCAAAAGAAACGGGAGCAAAAGCAGCUUUCGCGGGAUCCAUGCCCAUACUGGCCACGGUCAUGCUAGUCACGCGUCGGCCCAUAGUGGCGCAUCCACACUACGAGAAUAAGGAGGCGAGAGCCCGCGCUUACGCCGUAUACAAAACGUAUGGAAAAUUCACAACUGAAGAGCUGUACAAAGAGCUGACGGCUCUUAAGGCCAUCUACCUCAUCGUCGAAAACAAGUACUGCUACAGCAGGACUCGGAAAGGCUGCUCAUUCGAGGACAUGUGGGAGUCGGAGUACCCCUCCCGACGCGGACCGCGCGCCUGCCACGCGCUGCUGCACGGGACCCAGGACCACUUCUACCCCGUGUUCCGGAACAACCACUACGCCGUGUUCCGGCUGCACGACUACAGUGUCAGGUACAUGCCUCGUAGCUUUGACUCUUGACAGCCGGCCGGGAUCGACGAUCUGGCCACCCACCAGUUAGAGUGAGACGCGUGUAUUCUCUCUCUUUCUGAAGGACAUAGUGAAUAAGUGAAAAUAUUUUGUAAAGGCCUAACUAUGAAAAUAAUUCUUAAGUGUUAUUUAUUAUUAUUAUUUAUUAUUAAGGUUUGCCAACAUGGACUUAAUGGACUUACUUUUAAGUGUUAAAAUUUACCUUUACUGUAAAGAUUUGUCUAAAAAAUCGUGCCUGAUUUUCACAGCUGGAGUGAGAUGGUGCAGUACGGCGUCAUGAUUUGUGGUAGAGAGUUACAGGAAAGAAUUGUGUCGUUUUCAAUCAAAAGGUACCACAUUGUCGGUUGCCAUAACGACGCUCUGACAGGUUUUUCGUAUAAAGAUACAAUUUUCGUCCUUAUGGUAAGCGACAAUGUGGUACCUUUUGAUUGAAAACGUCACAGAUAUAUGUACAAUCAACAGCAGAAGUUGCUAAGCGGGCGAGGUGUUCAAAAUGAUCUAGACGCGACUUUAUUGUUAAAAGAAUUAGAGCGUGUCAAGGUAACUUGCUUCUUGCACCAAUCCACUAACCCGGGGUUAACCGGUUAAACCGUUAACCCGGUGUCAAAUUGUAAUGGUAACCAUGGUGACUGCAAGUUUAACCGGUUAGCCCCGGGUUAAUGGGGCAAGUGGCCCUAAGAUAAGUAAAGUCUAAGAAAAAAACGUGCCUCGGAAAUCAAGAAAAAGUUAUAUUCGAGUAGCGUCACUCCUUUAGCCUAUACUCGGGUAGAUGGCGACACCGUUUGAUAUUUAACAACUUUAACACAUAACUAUCAGUGAACGAACAUAGUCAUAUGAAAAAUGAAAAUGAAAAAAAUUUGCUAUGGCAAUAACUCUCUAUACACUCCAUUCUCUUUGGUUACAGGAGUUACAGCAUAAUGCGCGGAGUACGCCAUCUACAUCCGUUGUGAAAUUUCUAAGCACGAUUUUUUCUUAAACGAACUUACGCUUUAGAUUGUGAUUUUUAGAUGUACCAUAGAGAAAUAAGUAAGCAUAGCGUGCUCACGCCAUAUAUCUUUUUUCGUAUCAAAACGUUUAUUAUUUUCGUAGUCGACAUCUAGCGUCAAGUAGCGGAAUUAUCAGUACUGCUACUCGACAAUAGAUGUCGCGACGAAUGAAAAGUCUAAUGCUCAACAAUUUUCAGCUAAUAUUAUAACCGGAUUAACCGGAACUCUAUUUUCAAGUCCUUCUGCUUGUAAUAUUAGUUGUAAAUUGUUGAGCAAUACACUUUUCGUCAGUCGCGACACAAGUGACAUCUAAUGUCGAGUAGCGGUACUAAUAAAUCAGCUACUUGACGCUAGAUGUCGACUACGAAAAUAAUAAACGUUUUGAUACGAAAACUGAUGUAUGGAGUGAGCACUCUAUGAAAUACAGACUUCAUUGGUAAAUAUAAACAGUACAUUUUACACGUCAUAAACACUAUUGAGUACUUAAUUAUAACCUUAUCAUUAGAUAUAAGUAACAAACAAGUAACAUUAUUAGUAGGUAGGUAGGUACUAGAACCUGUUUUCGAACGGUGCUGGGUCAAUUACUUACCGGCGCACUCGUAAUGUCAGCAAUACGAUAGUAUUCCUGAUCUAUAAGAAAUGAUUAAAGUUUCUUUUUGAUUAUCGCAUCGCUAGUCGAGUCUUUAAUGACAUUAGGUACGGAGUUGUAGCCAAUCGGUCCCAUGACGUCGAGCGAUUGUCGAGACUUACUUAUUUCUUCUUUCGUAUUCGCCGUAGAAAAAUGACACUCGGUAGCUCAGUUGUUAUUCUGGUAUCCCGGACCGGAGUCGCUAGGUCGAGACAGAGUCGGUGAAUUUUCUUUAAAAAAAAGGUUUAAUUUGAUUUUUCCACCUACUUGCUCUAAGAUCGUUCCAACUUUGCCAGUAAUGGCUUAUUGACAGCAGAGAGGUGUCACAUGUGCGUACUAAGACGCGUAAAUUAGUGCGAAAUAUUGUAAUCGAAAUUUUUGAUACCUCAAGUAGAUGGCGCUAGUAAAAACUAAUUAUGUAAAUUAUUGUUAGUUGACAUAUAACGUUAUUUACGUAAUUUUCUGACCACCGAAUAAUUCAUUUAUGUCAGAAUUAACUUAAUUAAUUCUUGUAAAUUUUGUAUAAAACCAUUAAAAACGCAUUUAAGUAAGUUAAAGUGUCAAGAUUGAACAUUAAGUAUUACAUAUGUUAUAUUAUAACUUUAUUUCUGUAAAUUAUUUUCUGCAAAUGCGGGUUGUUGACAGAUUUUUAAACAAAAUAAUUUUGCAGAUUAAGUAAAUGGCCUAAAAGAAUGCCUUAUGACAGUUUAUGACGUAAAAAUAAAAAUAAUAUAGAAUAGAAACGAAAUAAAAUAAAACUAUGAAAACGUAUAUUGAAUUUAUAAUACAUCCCGACGUUUCGAACCCUUUACAGCGUUCGUGGUCAACGGGUGACUGAGGAAAAAUUACAAAGUGCAAAAAUACCCACAUACUAAAAAUAAUGAACAAUCAUAGACUAUAAACUUUAAGGCUGGUUGUACAUGCAAAAUCGGUUCAUAAGGCUAGUUAUACACUACAAUUAUUUUCAAGUAAAGAUAUAUAUAUAUAUACGCGAUAAAAACUACGCCGGCUCCAACCCUACACCACGGACCCGAGAAGAUUUAAUUCCCUCCUAAAUUGUAGGAGGGUAUCCCAAUAUGGGACCGGCAACAAACUCGGCGGGACACAUCUUUUCAAAACAUAUAUAUCAUCAUUCGCUUGCCCUUGUCCCAUUCACUUGGGGUCGGCGCAGCAUGUCUUUUUCUUCCAUAUAUCUCUGUCACCCGUCAUUUCAUCAUUCACUUGCGUUAGUUUCAUAUCAUCUUUCACACAGUCCAUCCACCUUUUCCUCGGUUGUCCUCUCCUCGUACUUCCCUCCACAUUCAUUCUUAUGGGAUGUAUUAUAAAUUCAAUAUACGCGAUAUAAUCCGUUUUCAUAGUUUUAUUUCAUGAGUAACUAUCGCGGUAACCGAAGACAAUAUUAGAAACGAAAUAGUUUAUUUGGUGACAUAAUAAAACUUAACCUACAAAUACGUCUUUUUCUAAUACAUUCUAACACCAAAAUGGAUGCCACUCAGCAUUUGCCGAUGACUAAGAUUCUUAGCUAUGACGCUGGUUUUCAAGGCAACCAGAGAGAAAAAAAAAACAUAAAAUAAAACUACUAACAUGUGGGAGGUGAGUUUAAAAUGGUUAAGCUUCAAUUUCAAAUGUAUAUAAAUUGUAUUAUAUGUACAUUAUUACUUCGAAUAUAAAUAAAAGCAUAUACUGUUUACUGUGUGACCCAUUCGUGAUGUGAUUAGUGUACGUAAGUUAGAACUUAAAAGGUUAUUUGUACUUACAUUAAACGGUUGUUCUGUUU